GCGGACGAAGUCUCUGAAUAUUAUAAUACCGUAAUAGGCUAAGAAUAUAAAAAUUGACAAAACCCCAUGCUUAAUCUUCUGUUUCCCGCCAACUUUCUGCUUUGGCCAUUGAAAUCUUAUGAAUAUUUUCCUCAAUUAAACACAAAAUUACCCAGUAAUAAGAACUUUCCACAGUACACAAAACAAUUUUGUUCCAUUUCAAGUGUUUCAUCUUGUGAACAAAUUGCUCUUCACGAUGACUGGCCUCAGCUCCUCAAAAUCUCAGUUGGCUCUGAAACCCUACAAUUGGGUCAAACGGUUCAUGCCUUUUUACUGAAAUCAGGCUCUCAAGACCACACCUUUCAGGCCAAUAAUCUUGUCAAUCUCUAUUCAAAAUUUAAGAAAUUGGAUGAUGCGCAACGGGUGUUCGAUGAAACACUUGAGAGAAACACCAUUACUUGGACUUCAUUAAUAAAAGGCUAUUUAGAGAAUGGGGAUUACGAGUCUGUAUUUAGAAUUGCACUCGAUAUGUGUCGUUUGGACGAGAAGUUCAACCAGCAUACUUGUUCUGUUGUUUUACAAGCUUGUAGCUCGAAAAAUGAUCGGAUUCUUGGUGAGCAAAUUCAUGGUUUUGUCAUAAAAAAUGGGUUUGAAAAAAAUGUUUUUGUUGCAACUUCUUUAAUUUCCAUGUAUUCAAGAAGCGGAUUCUUUGAUGAUGCGGAGAAAAUUUUUCAUAGCUUGGUUUAUAAAGAUGUUAGGUGCUUGAAUUUAAUGAUUUUGGAAUAUGAUAAGGCAGGUUACGCGGAUAAAGCUUUUGAGGUAUUUGUUCAUCUGCUAACUUGUGGUUUGGAGCCAAAUGAUUAUACAUUCACAAAUAUAAUUAGCUUGUGCUGCGAGAAUGUAGGUUUUGAAGAGGGAAAACAACUACAUGGGGUUGCUAUUAAGUACAGCUUAGAUAGGAAGGUUUCAGUUGGAAAUGCAUUAGUAACAAUGUAUGGGAAGUGUGGAAUGGUUGAUGAAGCUGAGAGAAUGUUUAAUACAGUGAAUGGAAGAAAUUUGAUUUCUUGGACUGCCCUUAUGUCAGGGUAUCUGAAGAGUGGUCUUGGAGGGAAAGCCAUUAAUUUGUUCUUGGAAUUACUAGACCAUGGCAUUUUUUGUGACUCAAGUAGUUUAGUAACUGUGAUUGAUGCCUGCUCAGAGUGUAGAAACUUGGAAUUUGGACUUCAACUCCAUGGUUUUGUGAUAAAACUUGGUCAUUUAGGUGAUGCCAGUAUUGGAACUGGUUUAGUUGAUUUGUAUGCCAAAUGUGGGAACCUGAAGUCUGCAAGAAUGCUUUUUGAUGGUGUCUCAGGUAAAAAUGCUGCUUUAUUUAAUGCUCUUCUUGUUGGAUUUAUGGAAACAAAUGGAGCCAAUGAAGAAGAUGCCAUGCUUUUGUUUAGUCAGCAGAGAUUAGCUGGUAUGAGACCAGAUAAUGUGACUUUUUCACGGCUCAUUAGUCAAUCUGCUAACAAAUCUUGUUUAGUUAGAGGCAGUAGUCUUCAUGGCUAUUCAAUUAAAUCAGGGUAUGAAACAGAUUUAAUUGUAGGAAAUGCUUUAAUUUCCAUGUAUGCCAAAUGUGGAAGCAUUGAAGAUGCCUAUCAAAUGUUCAAAGGUAUGAGUGGACACAAUGUUGUAUCAUGGAACGCAAUACUUUCUGCAUAUGCCCUUCAUGGGCAAGGUAAAAAAGCACUCUUGCUUUUCAAAGAGAUGAAACAUGAAGGUUUUAUACCUGAUGAAAUCACAGUAUUGGCUGUUCUUCAAGCCUGCAUUUACUCUGGGUUAUGGGAAGAUGGCAUAUGCUUAUUCAAUGAAAUUGAACCAAUAUAUGGAAUAAAACCAAUACUUGAGCACUUUAAUUGCAUGGUUGAUCUAUUGGGCAGAGCUGGUCUUUUGUCCGAAGCCAUGAAUCUUGUUAAAAGUUCCCCUUAUCCACACUCACCUCUGCUUUGGAGAACAUUGGUCAGUGUCUCUAAAUUAACUGGGGAUUUGAGUUUUAGCAUUUUGGCUUCAAAACAUUUGCUGAACUUAGAGCCUGAAGAGGCUGGGUCUUAUAUACUUGUUUCAAAUAUGUAUGCUAGAGAAGGAAUGUUGGACGAGGCAGCCAAAGUUAGAACAGCUAUGAAUGACUUGAAGUUAAGUAAAGAAGCAGGAUGUAGCUGGAUUGAGAUCAACAACACGGUCCAUUGGUUCAUAGCAAGCAGCAAAGACCAUCCAAGAAGUAGAGAAAUUUAUGCAAACUUGGAUCUACUAAGUGAUGAGAUGAAAUCAAAGUUUGAUUAUUGAAUGUAUUUUCAUAUCAUCAAUCUUUCUAGUUUCAUGAUACCUUGCAUUUCAAAGCCAGGUUCCUCACUUCACUUGAUAGUUCUCUUCGGUGUUCAAUAACAUACUUUAUUUUCACAACUUCAGAGUUCAAUUUCAGGAUCCGAAAGAAUUCAAGGAACCUUCCCAAGGUAUUACCAUUUCUUUUAUCCUUGAAUGUAAUUUUGGAUCCUAAACUUGAACUUUAAAAUUAAAAUUCUGAUGCUCAAGUCCAUAAGAUCAAGCUUCAUGCUGUAUAUGAUCUUGAAAAUUUUCAUAUUCCUUCUUUAACAUGUGUGCAAUGUUGAAUCUGUAA